GCCCCUAAUCACUCAUUCCCCUCACACCCACACACCGCAGCAGCCGCUUGCUGCUUCUCUCUGCUAGUCUGCUUGAUGUCUCCACCACCGCCGGCGGCGCCGGCAGUCCGGUCUUGGGAAAGCAUGGCGCUGGAUCUCCUCGUUCUCGUGCUCUUCCACCUCCCCUGCAUCGCCGACCGCGCCAGCUUCGCCGCCGUCUGCCGCCACUGGAGGUCCGCCGUCGCACGUCUUUCAAAGGAGGCGCCACCGGCUCAGAUCCCGUGGCUUGUUUUCCGAUCCCCGGCCAUCGGCAGCGCGGUCACCACCGUGUUCUGCCUCCUCUCAGGCACAACUCACCGGAUCCGUCUCCCUGCCGACCUCGCGGGCGCGCAUCUGUGCGGAUCCCACCCAGGCGGCUGGCUGGCGGCGGCCGCACACGUUCCGGGCGGUGGGAACAACAUGGCCGCCAAUCUCUUCUCCCGCGUCCGCGAGAAGGUUCCCCUUCCCAGCGAGCAGCAGCUCAUCCGCCCAGGCACUCUAUGCCCACCGGGAUUUCAUCUGGAGGGUCAUCCCAUGUUCCAGAUGCGGUGCCAGUUGGAGGAGGACGUGCUCAUUCGUGCCAUCACCUUCGUCUCAGCAGCACCCUCGUCCGCGGCACGCUGCGUCGCAGUCGCAGCCGCCAUGACGUGCGGCCACCGUCCCGGCAUCGCCUUGUGCCGCCUGCAAAUCGACGGGCAUGGAACACCCCGCUGGACUGUGCCCAAGAGCGCCGUCCUCUACGGCAUUGAAGAUGUAGUGUAUUUCGAGGGUGGCGUGGUGCCUGGCUUCCACUUCAUCAACAACAAAGAAGACAUCUCGGUGGCGCGCACCAGUGAUGUCCGGGCUCUACACGGGUACUGGUCCAAGGUGCAAGGGCAAGAAGACGACGACGUGUUCUCGACCCUGCCGGACUCCGUCUACAUAAUCCGGUACCUCGUGGUGUCACGAGGCAGGUUGCUAAUGGUGCGCAGGUACUUCACUUGGUCUGGAAGUGAUGUGCACCAGACCCUGCUUUUCAGGGUGUUCGAAUGCCAAAUCAAGUUAAAUCAUCACGGCUUCGAAAUAUAUUCAUGGGCGGAGCUUGAGCGCUUGGAUGGUCGAGCACUCUUCCUGGGGCGAGGUUGUUCUAGAGCUUGUGAGCUGCCUCAGAACAGUGGGAUCAGAGAAGGGAGAAUCUACUUCAUAGAUGAUGUUGGGUGCAAUGAAUCACUGAAGAUGCAGGACAGCAGCCGCUACAAUUGCAUGGACAUGGGUGUAUAUUCCAUGCAAGAACCAGAGUCACCUUGUUUGAUUGCUCCCACCUUGCACCCUGGCUCGUGCUCCUCCCUUUUUGGUGCACACAAAAUUGUGGCCUGCAUAAAACAUGAAGGAGAACUGGAAAUCAAACUAUUUGAGAAUUUGGAGGAAUUACGGGCAUAUGUUGGGGACAGAACUGUUGAAGUGGAGAUCAAAGGAACUAUCCAGCGUUUCAUGCUCGAGCCAUCAUCCAAAUGCCCUCCAGCAAUCUGGUUUUUCCAUUGA